AUGCAAGAUCUGCAAGGAAGCAUAGUCAAUCUCUGGCAUCACUAUAAUCAGAGGAUAGUCAUAAUUCUCAAUAUACAUUUCACUUGUAAUGAUGUUGACGUCGAGGAGGGUGAUAGAGAAGGUGAUGAAGCUAAUGAGGAAUUAAAUAUGGUGAAUAAGGGUGACAUAACUGCCGAAAGUAACAAAGAUAAGCAGAGUGAUGUAGUAUCUUCUAGUGCUCCAGUCCCUGAGUUUACACAAAUUAACGAAAUUGACGAAGAUGAAGUUAAUAAGUGGGUGUCAUGGGUUUCUGUGGCUUCUUACAAGUCAGGGGUUGAAUUUUGCAUUGGUCAAGAAUUUGCAAACAAAGAUGCAAUGAUUGAGGCAGUGACAAGUUACUCUGUACAAAGAAAUCAAAGUUUUAAAGUGAGUGAAUCAAGACCAACCACAAUAACCUUUAUUUGUGGUAGGAAACCUGUGAAUUGUUCUUGGAAGUUAAGAGCUACACGCAAGACUUUAGUCUCCGAUAAAUUUACAAUUGUCACAUACAAGGGUCCUCAUACUUUCACUUGUGUUAGUGACAUUCUUCCAAAGGAUCACUCUAACUUGAAAUCUAAGUUUAUUGCUCAUCAUAUACGCAACAUUGUAGAGGUUGAUACAUCCGUCAAGGUUCGUGUUUUGAUUGAGGUGAUGAAAAAUCUAUUCAAUUACACUAUCUCGUACAAAAAAGCUUGGAGUGCAAAACAAAUAGCUAUAGCUGAAAUCUUUGGUGAUUGGGAGGAGUCAUAUGAAAUUCUUCCACAAUUCAUGCAAGCUAUGGUGGAGGCAAAUCCCGGUACCAUUGUUCACUUUGCCAAUCGUGAAACCGCGGAUCCUAACCUUCAUAUUUUCCAGAGAGUUUUUUGGGCUUUUGGUCCUUCUAUAGAGGGAUUUCAGCAUUGUCGCCCUCUAAUCACCAUAGAUGGGACUCAUUUAUAUGGAAAAUAUAAGGGGACUCUCUUAAUUGCAAUGAGCGUUGAUGCUAAUAACCAGCUUUUUCCACUUGCUUUUGCCAUUGUUGAAUGUGAAGAUGGCAACACUUGGCCAUGGUUUAUGGCAUGUAUAAGGAGAUUUGUUACACAACGAUCUGGCUUGUGUGUUAUUUCAGAUAGACAUGGUGGCAUUAUGAAAGCAAUGAAGGAAGAAAACACCGGAUGGAGAGAGCCAUAUGCGUAUCAUAGAUUUUGUAUUCGUCACUUGGCCUCAAAUGUUCAUACUCAAUUUAAGAACAAAGAGCUGAAGAAAAUAUUUGGUUGGACAGCUUUCCAACAUCAAAAGAAAAAGUUUGACCAUGGAUUGCAAAAAAUAGGUGAGAUGAAUGUAGAAGCUCGUCGAUAUUUAGCUAAUAUUGAUGCUAGUAUGUGGUCUCUUUGCCAUGAUGGUGGUUUCAGAUAUGGGCUAAAAACAUCCAACUUAGCUGAGGUCUUCAGUAAUGUGCUUAAGGGAGCUCGUUUUUUACCUAUUACAGCACUAGUCAAAUUGACAUUCUUUCGAGUGAAUACAUAUUUUGUACAAAGACGUGAAUCAUCGAAAAAAAGGUUUCUUGAUGGACAUUUGUAUAGCGAUAAAACAACGAAGGACAUAGAAGCUAAUGAUGCUAAAGCAGUUCAUCACAAGGUUGAGAUGUAUCACCGAGACGAUGACAUCUACCAAGUGACAACUGGACGUGGCAAUAGAGAACAAAAAAAGAGUUCUCAUACCCAUACAGUCAACCUUAGUCGUAAAACUUGCACAUGCAACAAGCUUCAUACAUACAAAAUUCCUUGUUCCCAUGUUCUUGCUUGUGAAUAUAUGGGAACAUUUAGAGCUACAUUUCAUCCUAUCCCUGACAAAGACUAUUGGACACAUUAUAAUGGACCAAAAGUUGUUGCCGAUGCUAGUCACAAGCGUAGUCCUGGACGACCUCCUUCCCAAAGAUUACGAAAUGAGAUGGAUGAAGCUUUGACACUGUUUCUCUCUCCUCAGUUCUACACUUGUCCUGCUGAUCUCCAGAUGCAUGUUGGAUUUAGGUUUCUAGUUGAUUUUGUGAAAGAUGAAGAUCUUGGAAUAUAG